GCUCGAACCAGUCUGGCCAUUCUCCUCUGACCUCUCUCAUCAAAAGAUUAGCACAGUGGUAAUAUGGCCGGAGCAAAAUGGCAGCAACUUGGGUUUGAUCGUCAGCUCAGGAGAAACAACAAUUAAUGUGUCAUCAGAUGACCAAAGGGAAUGCUGGGUGAUCCAUCACGUCAGUUUUAACCUAACUUUGUUAUAGACUGGCGUUUGAGGCAAACUUAUUUGCAUUUGUGAAGCACAAAGUGCAUUUGACUUUUAAAUAAACUACAUAAUUCAUUUAGUGAUACACCAAGUGGACAGCUCAGAGUUUAAAGGGUCAAAAAGAUGACGAGGAUGUUGAGCAAGAAAAUGGAGAAUUCACAGAGGCCCAUGCUUCUAUUUUUAGGAUUAUGCAUUUUCUCAUUGCAGUGGAUGCUGACCCAUGAGGAAGUCAAUGUGGCCUUAGGAGGAAUAGAAACACAAUCUUCUGUAUACGAUAACUAUUACCCCGCUUACUUUGCUAUUGAUGGCAACAGAGACUCUAACGCUUAUCACCACUCAUGUACAAACACAAAUUUUGAAUAUAACCCAUGGUGGAGGGUGGAUUUGUUGGUGGUGUAUGAAAUUAGCAGUGUAAUCGUCACUAACAGAGGGGACUGCUGUUCAGAACGGAUAAAUGGUGCUGAGAUUCACAUUGGCAACUCCUUGGUCAACAACGGCAACAAUAACCCCAGAUGUGUCGUUAUCUCUAGCAUCCCUGCUGGUGCCUCUGCAAAUUACGCCUGCAAGAUGAGGGGUCGUUAUGUGAACAUCAUCAUUCCCAAUGUUAUCCAGGCUCUCACGCUCUGUGAAGUGGAAGUCUAUGGGGUUCCAGUGCAUAGUAAGAGGGCAUUUCUGAGACUGAAGUUUAACAGCAGUGAGGAUCUCAUGAACCCUACCGUGAGGGACAAAAUUCUUCAAAAGAUGAUAUCUGCGAAUGUCCAGCCAUCAGUGCUUCAGAUCCGUUGGACAAAGGAACCAGAGGUGGAAACUGAAACUAUGAAGAGCAUGUCGAGCAAGAAAAUGGAGAAUUCACAGAGGCCCAUGCUUCUAUUUUUAGGGAUAUGCAUUUUCUCAUUGCAGUGGAUGCUGACCCAUCAGGAAGUCAAUGGGGCCUUAGGAGGAAUAGCAACACAAUCUUCUGUAUACCUUAACUCUUUCCCUGCUUCCUUUGCUAUUGAUGGGAACAGAGCAUCUAUCUUAAAUUCCUAUUCAUGUACACACACAAAUUGUGACUAUAACCCAUGGUGGAGGGUGGAUUUGUUGGCGGUGUAUGAUAUUAAGCAUGUAAUCGUCACUAACAGAGGGGACGGCUAUACAUAUCGGAUAAAUGGUGCUGAGAUUCACAUUGGCAACUCCUUGGUCAACAACGGCAACAAUAACCCCAGAUGUGUUGUUAUCUCUAGCAUCCCUGCUGGUGCCUCUGCAAAUUACACCUGCAAGAUGAGGGGUCGUUAUGUGAACAUCAUCAUUCCCAAUGUUAGCCAGUAUCUCACGGUCUGUGAAGUGGAAGUCUAUGGGGUUCCAGUGCAUAGUAAGAGGGCAUUUCUGAGAUUGAAGUUUAACAGCAGUGAGGAUCUCAUGAACCCUACCGUGAGGGACAAAAUUCUUCAAAAGAUGAUAUCUGCCAAUGUCCAGCCAUCAAUGCUUCAGAUCCGUUGGACAAAGGAACCAGAGGUGGAAACUGAAACUUAAAGAACGGU